AUGAGGAUUUGGGCGGACGGAUUGAGAAAUGGGUUUGGCGAUUUAAUUGAGAGGGCUUUGCAUUCGCAGAGCGUCCCGCUUAGUUUUCAUCGCCUCCAUGUGGCGUUCUCAUCCCCUGCGUGUGGGUGUUGCACUACAAUAGUGGAGAACGAGCCACGUAAGGGAGAAAUGGUGGCGAAAUUACGGGAUUGGGUUUGUGUGUUUGAAAGGGGUUACGUGGAGAGUUGUGAGUGGGGGUUGUAUAGUGCUGUUGGAGAGGUUAUACAGUGUGGAUUAAAGUUGCCGUUGGUGCUGUUCUUGUGUGAGGCACCAUUUGGUGGCCUAGCUUAA